CGUAAACAAAUUCAAUUUUUGAGGAGAAAAAAAGUUAUUUUAUUUAAAAUUCUAAAGACUAAAAGACAAAAAAGACAACAAAAGCAUUUAAAGCAUCCAAAAUCAAAAUGUUUGGACGUGUUUUAGAAUCACUUGAAGAAAUUGUAGCACCAAAUCCAUCACUUUUUCAAAACUUUGAAUAUAAUUGGAAAUUAAUAAAAACAUUUUAUAUGAAAAUAAAUCAAAAUGAUCAGCACAUCGACAACACAAACAUUCCUUACUAUAUGGAGCAAAUGCUGCAGAUUUUAAUCCAAGAAGAGACUCAAAAUAAAGAUUCAGCAAAGUCAAACAAAUCAGCCGAAUGUCUAGAAUUUUUACUUGAAAGUAAGCCAUUAGAUCUUCUAGUUGAUUUGGCUAUAAAUGAGAAGCCAAUUGGAUGUCGUCGUUGGGUAUUAAAAUGGAUAAAGCGGUACUUAACAUGCUUAGAGAAUCCAAUGAUUGCCCACGGAAGUGUUUUCAAGCCAAUAAUAAAACUAAUGACUGUAUGUAAAGGAGCUCUAGCAUCACCAUAUGAAAUGGACGAGAUUUUAUUUCUUGAAGCUGUUGCUGGAUUAAUUGGAAAGAAUCCAGACGUAAUAAAACUUUUCAUACCAUCACAUCAGCACAGCGAUUCGACCACAAAAGGAUUAUUCAGUACAAAACCACCAAAGCAUAAUACAUUAUUUGAAUCCAAUAAGCUUGAGCCAAACAUACGUCGAGUGUCGCUUAUGAUUAAUGACGAGACAGAAGAAUCAAGUUGUAAUGAAAAAUCAGCUUCACCAAAAAAUCAUUCAUUUCCAAAAGACUGCAAUUGUGACGAUGGCGAUCGUUUUAAUCUCCUUGAUGCUGUCAUGAGCUAUAUUGAGAGUGCUGACAGUACAAUUGUGGUACGAGCAUGCGAAGGCAUAUUAAUUUUAGUGUCAUUAAAGGAACUUGAUAAUCAUUGUAAUGCUAUAAAUGCAUCCUUUACUGAAUUGUCGCACAUUAUUGGUGAAAAGUUGUUUUUAUGUGCUGAGUCAAUUCCGGAUGACAUGGAAUUAAGUGAUAUUGAAGAAUGUAACGUAACUUGGGGAUUAUUCCCAAAAGAUGAUCAUCAUCAUUUCAUUGGACGCUAUCAACUUACGUCUUUUUUAUGCUGGCUUGAUUAUGCUGAUUGUUUAGUCAAGGAAAAUUACUUGAUUGCUGAUUUAUUGGGAAUGCUGUUCCGCGAGCAAGUUUUAGAGAAGAAUUUGGAACCAAAUUUAUUGGAAUUAAAUGGACCUUUUGGACUUGUCCUUACUGCAAAAGUGAUUAAGCAAAUUAAGUCUGAAGAAUUGCUUGAGGAAGUUGCAACUUGGCUGGUUGGAACUGAAAUCAAUGGUUCUGAUUGCCUGCUUAAUAUAAUCAUUGAGAAUGCACAAGAUAAUAGCGAAGUAUUGUUGCAGACUUUACAGCUUGUUGAAGCUUUAUUGGAAAAUCCAAAUGAGAGAAUUUUGCAUUCAAUGAUCUUUCUGUAUGUCAAUAGCCGCGGAUAUUAUGAUUCAAGGGAAAUUGAGAGCUGGUCGGACGAAGAAGAAAUGCGUGAAAAGCGACAUGGAAGUGCUGAAAGUGCUGUUAAAUCCAGAACAAUGGCACCAAAUAAUAUUCUUAAAGUCAUUAAUAAUUUCUUGUUGCUUCUGCCGCGUCAAUUGAUGGCUGAAAGUGCUGGAACGUGCUAUGAAGAAUACAUGCAGGAUGCAAGUCGACAUUAUCAAAUGUGGAUUAAAAAGACAUGGAAGUUCAAUUGGCCUGUAGAAGCAACAUCUCCUGUUAAAAGACCUAAAUCACCUGUUGCAAGUGGCGAAUGUAAUGACAGCGGAAUUUCUGAGGAAAUGGAUAUGAAAUUUUAUGAAGGUCCACUGCUUCGCCUGCUUUUUAAUCAAAUCCGGAACAUGAGUAAUCAGCCUUAUGAGCUAAAUUUAGCAUCAAUUGCUAUACUGUCUAAAUUAGCCUUACUACCAAAUCCAUUCUUGCACGAGAUUCUAUUAAGCACAGAAAUUCCAGUCGCACAAGAUGCAGCAACACUGUUUACCGUGAUUCAAGCAUUAUCGAAGAAACUUUUAUCAGAAAUUCCAAGAUAUUCAAACUUUUCAGCCAGAAUUCAUGCAACAGCAAAGCGACUUUUAAGUAAUCCACCAUUAAUGAAGGAUGAAAAGGAUCAGACAGCACAUGAUGAAUCGGAGCAACUUUUUGAAGCAUUAAUUGUAUUGGAAGAAUUUUGUAAGGAACUUGCAGCUAUAGCUUUCAUCAAAUAUCAUCAUGCUACUGAAUAAGUCAUAAACAUUUCAUAAUUAUUCUAUCUUGUGACUUGUAUUUAGGAAUUUAAGAUCUAGUCAAAUUGGGUUUAUGGUUUUUAAAAUCAGGGCUUGAUUUCUUUGGUGCUAGUUAUGUGGUUUGAUAAUGAAAGGCACGGUACGAUGGAGGUACAGCUCUGAGAGGGUGAGUGGUACAUCUGGUAUGUUACAGCGGUAUAAUUGAUUUAGUUCAGUGAUAUACCAAUACCAUGCAACUAUACUGUACUUUAAGUGUGCCUAUACUGGACCAGUGUACAACCAUACCGUACCCAUUGGAAAAACCCGGGGUUUAUCAAGAAAAAUCUGGGAAACUCUAGAGAAAACCCAGGAAAACCAAUAAGAAACCUGGAAACCCGAGGAACAAACCAGAAAAACCUGGAAAGCACCAAGCACCAAAAAACCUGGCAAAACCUUUGGAAAACCCAGGAAAACUUGAGUACGGCAAAAAAGGACACUGGUACAGUAUAGGUACACCAAGAGUACAAUAUACUAGUAUGGCAUUGGUAUUUCACUGUACCAUAUCAAUUAAACCGCUGUAAUAUCCCAAAUGCACCACUUACCAGAAGUGUAGCUAUACCGUACCUGGCUAUGCCUUACUCUUGCUUACCCAGAAAGGGGG